AUGUUCAAUUAUAUGAAUGUACCACUUCAACAUCAGUGCUAUCUUUUUGCCGCGUUGUUGUGCACUGUAAAUGUGGCGACUAUGACAGUAUUGGAAAAUCGGUAUUAUAUUUUGUUUGGGAAAGAAACGUCUUGGAGGAAGGUUCGAGUUCCAGUUCUAGCAAUGAAUUACAUUUUGGCAUUUAUAUAUCCUCUUCCAGCGUUUCUGAAUUUUCCAGAUCAAUCGAUUGCGCUGCCACAAGUUCUACAGAAACUUCCCCAACUUCCCGACUUUAUUCUCCGCCACCAAAUCAUUGUCUAUGCAACUGAACUUCGAUUUUUUGUGAUUCCAAUAAUUCUAAUGUCUUUUCUACUGGCUACUGAAAUACUUAUCCUCGCCAAACGCAUGUAUUCUAAAAUGAACUCGGUGACUUAUAAGAUCACAAUGUCACAGAAAACGCUAUCAAUGCAAAGAGCUAUACUCAUCGCGUUUCUAAUACAAACAUCAACGAUGGCAGCGAACUUCUUGAUUCCAAUUACUUAUAUUUGUUAUACAGUUGCAUUCAAUUAUCACAACCAAGUAGCAAAUAAUAUUUGUUUUGUCAUAUUCUCACUUCAUGGAUUAUCAUCUACAAGCAUUAUGCUAUGGAGUCAUAAACCGUACAGGGCUGUUUGCUACAAGUUUUUUCUUUUCAAGAAAUCCGAAACGACGUCAUCGAGAGCUGUCCCAGUUGUCAAUAUGCACUUGAAUACGAUGAACUUUCACAGCAGACAUUGA